AUGACUAGUUUAACCAAUCCGAACUUCAAAUGCCUACAAUGGAAUGUCAGAGGCCUGAUAAAAGCAAAACUAGAAGAGUUUCGAAAUUUUUUGUCCUUGGUUAACCCAGAAGUUGCCCUACUAAGCGAAACCCACUGGAACAGUGGAUUUGCUCCUAAGUUUAAACACCACCACAUCCUCAAGAAGGACCGCCUCAACAGAUUGGGGGGAGGUGUGGCCAUCCUUAUCCGUAAAACACUGCACUUCACACCUAUUCAUCUACACACACGGGACACCGUUGAAGCUAUCGAUGCCAGCGUUAUCUGCACAAACAAAAAACAAAUUGACUUCAUAUCAACGUACGUCCCCAAAGGUGACUGCAAGAUGGAAGAUAUAGAAGACCUACUGAACAGGACCAAUGACUUCGUGAUCGGUGGAGACUUCAACGGCCAUCACUCCUUAUGGGAAACCGAUACCAACGAAAAUAAAGCAGGAAGAUCCAUCAACGAAGCGCUAGCAAACAGCGACAACGCAUGCCUGAUAACCCCAGUUAACCUCAACACCCGCAUAGACCCCGCCACUGGAAAAUCGACAACGAUCGACUUGACGUUCACAUCACCAGCGCUAGUCACGUCCGCAACAACCAUCCCAGGACCCUAUAUGGGCAGCGACCACCUACCGAUAAUCACCACCAUUAACGCCGCGCCCAGCCGAAGUUCAAACCGCCCCGUAACAUGUAUAAUAGACGAGGACAAGUGGCCCCCAUGGAACCAACAUAUGGACGGGCUCCUCGCUAAACAUAAUUUCACCACAAUUACUGACCCAGAAACGGCUUUUAAAACGCUCAUGGAUAGCCUCGAGGAAAGCAACGCUAAAUACUUCAAAAAAACUGACCCAACAAGGCAACCGGAGGCAUGCAAGGACCCAGCGCGACCAUGGUGGAAUGAAGCAUGCAAGAAUUUCGUAAAAGCCGCCCGAAGAGCCUUCAGAGAAUGGAGAGAAUCCCCCCUAUCCCUCAGCAAACGCGAAAAAUGGAAAAAAGCCGAAGCAGAGAAAAGAAGAUCAAUAAUAAAAGCGAAAAAAGAAGCGUGGAACACCUUUGUCUCCAGCCUGGGCCCCAACGACAAGCCGAAGAUGUGGGCAUUCGUCAAAAACAUGGCAGGCAAGGGCUCAGAUUCAUUCGCGGAUGGCUGCGCUAUCAUUCUAAACGAUACCGUGUACAGCACCCUCCAGGAGAAAUCCUAG